GUAGACGGCUGCUGUGAUUGGUCAAGUUACUGGAGUUACUGCAGAUUGCACUAGACUGUCCUCCAACGUGUUGUAUCACUGAUCAUGGCGAGCUGGUGUGUACGUGCUGUAAGACAGAGCUACACUAUUGUAGCAUCUCCUUCACUGGUCAGGGCGUCUCCAAGGCUACUAUGCACAGCAGCCCACCAGAAAAGUCCGGGCUCUGGCUCAGAGGAAGAGAGUGGAGCACAGAAGCCUGAGCUGAGUCCUGCCGAAAAGGCUCUGACCGAGGAGAAGGUACAACUGGAGGAGCAAGUCAAAGAACUCACAGACAAAUACAAGCGGGCACUGGCAGACACAGAGAACCUUAGACAUAGGAGUCAGAAGAUGGUGGACGAUGCAAAGUUGUACGGCAUCCAGGGCUUCUGUAAAGAUCUUCUAGAGGUGGCAGACAUCUUGGAGAAGGCAACAGAGUGUGUGCCUAAGGAGGAGGUCACAUCACAGAACCCUCACUUGAAGAACCUGUACGAUGGGCUGGUCAUGACCGAGGUCCAGAUGCAGAAGGUCUUCACCAAACAUGGCUUGGUCAAGCUCAACCCUGACGGCCAGAAGUUCGACCCCUACGAGCACGAAGCUCUCUUCCAAGCACCUGUCGCGGGCAAGGAGCCAGGCACUGUUGCGGCGGUCACCAAAGUUGGUUACAAGCUGCAUGGACGCACCCUCCGACCAGCUUUGGUGGGCGUGGUCAAGGCUCCCUAGGCCCUGGGGCAUUGGUGCCGUGGCAACGUCCUGUUACCUGGGCAACAUCUGUUCUGAUCUGUUUGGGCUCUUGAAGGUGGGCAUUAUAUGAGAGCCCAUUAAAUGGUGCCUGAAAGAGUUGGAAAAAACACUUAAAACACAGGAUCAAACUGACAGCAAAUCUCUGGACCCUCACCUAGAGUUAAUGUUAAAAAAUAGGGAGGGAGGGAACAAGCACUUCAUGUCAAUCAGGAUGUCAGGCUCAACCUACAGCACAUUUCUCCUGCAGUCAUCUGUCAGUACAGUCAGAGUAUGCAUUUGUUUUCGUCCAGUUUUCCAAUAAGCUAUGCUUAUGUUAAUCAUAAAAAAACGCCAUAAUGUUAUCAAUCCUAUACGUGGUGUAUCAUUGAAGUCCAUAGGUAGGAGAACAUCCUGGUCAAACAGAAUGGAGCUGUGAUGAAGCUAAUACAGCAACAGAAACAUUGAAAUCUUACCAAUUACAGCAGAUCAGUGUACCACGUACAGUGGUUUUAGUCUUUUACAGAUGUAUGGCAAUUUGGCAUAGGGUUCAGCUGUAUCAUAUGUGCAUUAUGGCCAUAGUCUUGACAUGAAGUUAAUUUUAGGUCCUGUUCUUACUGUCUCCAGAGUUUUGUUCAAAAUUGCUCUUUACCUUUUCAGAUGGAAAUGUUGGAAGAUUAACUAGUGUGACAUGAAUGAUCUUGUUUGAAAAUGAGUCAAGGCCACAAACCUUAUUCAACUAGAAAAAUUGGGCACUGUGGUUCUAUUGUAAAAGUUACAAAGCCAUUCUGUCAGCUUGAGUCCUAAGGGAAGAUUUUUGUAAACCAUCAGAAAGAUACUAACAGCUAGCGAACCUAAAAUUUAAUUCUCUGAAACCUAUUAUUUUUUUAUUUUUGCCAUUUUAGCCAUUUUAAUACUGGGAAACGCACAACCAGUGGUGUCUUCAACAAAGAUGUAUCCUUUUUUUUCAGGUUCUGUUCAAAUCACUGGCAUCCAACAACAUACAGUAAAUCUCAUUGCUUGUGGACUUCAAAAACGUAUCUAUAUUUCACACUUAUGAAAUAAACAUAUUUAAUUAUGUUUUAAAUAUCACAUCAUAAAUAUAGUCACAACUGGAAACAUUCCAAGAGACCUAAAUGGCAAAUUUCCCUUCCUGUAAAAUCUCAACCAUUGGGCUGGCAGCACAAACACCCAUUACCUUAGACAUAAUUCAAAGUUCUGUAAUGAUUACAGUAUGUUUCAUGUAAUAUCUUCCUUUUUGAAGGUCUUCACCUGACCAUGACAAGGGACUGUGUCUUCUGUUCCAUGACUGGACUGUAUAAAUAAAUGUGUAUGCACAUGUGAUGAAAGUUGAAAAGUCUACUGAAAUAAAAUGUCAAUACAGAAAUAUCAAAA